AUGGCGAUGCAAUUGGUAAAAUACAGGAGAACUCUGCAAAAGUACAAGUAUCAGGUGGUGUUCUUAAGACUCAUGUACAACAACAAUCCAAUUCCAAGGCUAGGAAACAGGAUCAAAUUGCUAAGACUAGGGUCAUAUUCUCGGACGGGGGUGAGGGUUGGAGGGGUUAGGUGGGUUAAGGGAGUUUCUAGUUUGCGAGUAUGGUCUUGGAAUAUUGGGACUUUAUCGGGGAAGUCCAUCGAACUAGUUAAGAUUCUUAAGAAGAGGAGGAUUAAUAUAGCUUGUGUCCAGAAGACUAAAUGGGUAGGAUCCAGGGCUAAAGAUGUGGACGAGUAUAAGUUAUGGUUCUUAGGUAGGUCGAGGGAUAGGAAUGGGUGCUUACGCGAGAAGAGACGUUUUUGGGAGGAUUUGGACGAGAUGGUGAGAGAUAUACCGCCCACUGAGAAGCUAUCCAUAGGAGGAGUUUUCAAUGGACACAUCGGGUCAAUUUCGAGGGGAUAUGACGAUGUGCAUGGAGGUUGUGGUUUCGGGGAUAGGAACGGAGGAGGAGUUGCACUGUUGGAUUUCGCAAAAGCCUUUAGGCUGGUGGUAGCCAAUUCGAGUUUCCCGAAAAAGGAGGAGCACUUGGUAACCUUUUGUAGUUCCGUGUCUAAGACACAAAUAGACUUUUUACUCUUUAGGAAGGGCGAUAGAGGUCUCUGUAAAGGCUGCAAGGUGAUUAGAGUGAGGCCUAACGACCAAAGAUAA